CGCAGGGGGUUGUCCGCCCGCGGCACGCAGUGGAGCCGCAGCCUUCUUGCGCCUGGUCCCGCGGUCGCAGCUCGUGCCGCCUCCUCGUCCUCGUCCUCGCCUCAGCACCUUGCUUCGUCGGUCGGUCCCUCCGGCACACGGGCUCCAACCCGCGCCUCUCUUUCCCUAAAGCCCUUCAAGGCGGUCUUUGGUUUCCUUCUUUCCAGCCGACCCUCUUCAGCCCUGCGAAGAUGGUGGACCGCGAGCAACUGGUGCAGAAAGCCCGGCUGGCCGAGCAGGCGGAGCGCUACGACGAUAUGGCCGCGGCCAUGAAGAACGUGACAGAGCUGAAUGAACCACUGUCCAACGAGGAACGGAACCUCCUGUCUGUGGCCUACAAGAACGUGGUUGGGGCUCGCCGCUCAUCCUGGAGGGUCAUCAGCAGCAUCGAGCAGAAGACCUCUGCAGAUGGCAAUGAGAAGAAGAUCGAAAUGGUGCGAGCCUACCGGGAGAAGAUCGAGAAGGAGCUGGAGGCAGUGUGCCAGGAUGUGCUGAGCCUGCUGGACAACUACCUGAUCAAGAAUUGCAGUGAGACCCAGUACGAGAGCAAGGUGUUCUACCUGAAGAUGAAAGGGGACUAUUACCGCUACCUGGCUGAAGUAGCCACCGGGGAGAAGCGGGCGACCGUGGUGGAGUCCUCUGAGAAGGCCUACAGCGAAGCCCAUGAGAUCAGCAAGGAGCACAUGCAGCCCACCCACCCCAUCCGGCUGGGCCUGGCGCUUAACUACUCCGUUUUCUACUAUGAGAUCCAGAACGCCCCAGAGCAAGCGUGCCACUUGGCCAAGACCGCCUUCGACGAUGCCAUCGCCGAGCUCGACACUCUGAACGAGGACUCCUACAAGGACUCCACUCUGAUCAUGCAGCUGCUCCGAGACAACCUAACGCUCUGGACAAGCGACCAACAAGACGACGACGGCGGUGAAGGCAACAACUAAGGCCCCAGGUGGACUGGCAGCGCACGCUGAUGCUACUACUGCAGUCUUUAUUUUUUUCCCAUGAGUUGGGGGUCGGGUGGGGGAGGGGAAAGGGAGGGCUGACCUUCCCAGGGAGAAACCCACGACUGUCCUGUCUUUGAUCGCCUCUUUGACAUUUUUGCCAAAAUACCACUAGUGGAAAGUCAGGCUAGCUGUGCUGGUAUUGGAGUAGCAGCCUCACACAGGCAUCCAGACUGCUGUGCAGGCUCAUGCAAGCGGAGCUGUCUGCCUUUAGUUUAACUUAUUGCUAGGUGGUAGGUAGGGUUAUAAGAUGAAAAGAAAAAGCAGAGAUGGAUGGCCCUCAUUCAGUGAGUUCUGUGGUUCCAGUAAGGAUUCUUAUGUGCACAUGCUCUCAUCUCCUGUUCUGUGGCUGUCUUCUCUCUGUUGUGGCUGUACCUUUUUUUUUUCCCUUUUUUCUUUCUUUUCCCCAAGGUGUAUACCAGAGAAGGUAUAUAGUUUAAAUUACCCAAGUGUACAGGCUCAGAGUGGAAGGCACAACCUUUGUUUUUGGAAGUCUGGCGGGUUGACAGUAUUAACACUAAAUUCUAGUUUACAGUAUUUCUCCAUGACAGCCAUACAUGACAUCAAGCCAUUGGUUCUGAGUUCUCCUUUGUCACUUCAGUUUUGCAUCUGUUUCCUGCUGCAUCCAGGUUGGUCUGGCUGUUUAUUGGCUCUUAUGUGGGGAGAGUCAGAGCUUGCUUCUAGGUUUUGGUUGAUGGGUGCUUGGCAGGUGGCUGUGGGAUAGCUUUUUUCUUUUUCUUUACUCUUUAAGCCCGUCACAAAGAUAGCAACACACACACAGAAAAUGGAGAAAAUUCAGGUCUGUAUGUCAUUUAUCACGUUGGUAUUUUCAGAGACUCUGCUGCUGUCCGGCAGCCAGGGCUCCCUCCUCAGUGUCUCGGCACUUGAGUCUCCCCUGCACUUUGUGCUGGCGGCACGCAGGCGCCUCAAGGCCAUCGGGUCGGAUUGUUGGAGGUAGGCAGUCAUCAACAAAGUGUGGCUCGACAGGUAGAAGCAGCUAAGCCAACAGGUUAGCCGUUAGGAAGAGACCACAUCCCCCCAGGGAGCCAUGUUCUUCAGCCAGUUGUUUCUGCCGCCCCUCCUGCCCCAGCACUCCUUUCCCACGUGCUCAGUGGAGGGUGACUGUCCAGCAGCAAGAUGCUCACCUCCUGUUUGACCUAAGCUACACUGUGUUUCCUUUCCAAAUGAAGACAUAGAUGUUGGGGGUGGCCGCCUCUCUCUUAAUGUCACUACACGCGUGACACCGAAGGAAGCUAUGCUGCUAUGUCCUACAUGGUCAGUCUCAGCCCUAGGUCCCUGGUUCUCUUUGUGGAUAAAUCUAUCCAUAAACACGCCCUGUCGCACGCAGAGUGUGCACUCCGUGUCUUUUGGAGGAUCCAUGGUCGUAUGGGUUCCCAAGAUGGCAGCACCCCAAACUUGCUUAUUCGUCUUCAGAGGCCAUGUUCUCUCAUACCAAAACCGAGCUCCCAUGGAAGUGAGUGCACGUGACAGGAUGGCUAUAGAAGAGUGGAACCAUCCCUCUGCACAGUCCUGCUAGCAUGCCUUUCCUCGUGCUAGUGUGCAAGUACCCACUAACCGAGGCCGAUGGAAGGACAGCAUGGAGGAAGCUUGGCCACCAGAGCCAUGGACAGAGGGGUCGGUGGGGCUUCGCCUGGUUUGUCUCUGUCCAACGUGAGCAUGUGUCCUUGUCCCGUUUAGAAAUGACCUACUGGAAUUACAAACCCUAGUUUCUCUUUAAAUGUCAGCCUUGACCCUAGCUGUGUUCUAGAGAAAUCAUGUGAGGGUAGAGCUGAAGAGGGCAGAGCGGGGACCUGCUGUCUGAGCCUGGAUGGUUUCUUCUCCUCUCCGUCAGUGUUGAGAAGCGCACCUGCCUAUGAUGCUGUCUCCAGUGCCGCGGCUGCUCCUCCAUCCUAUUGAUACAGUAUUGUGCAUGCUGGUGUUGUAUUUCUAUACGGUAGCUUGACAUUUAUUAACUUACACUGUAGGUGUUAUGUAUUCCUAUGACAAAAAAAAAACCAUAAGACUUCAAAAUUUUUUAAACUUUUUUUUUUUUGUUAAUUUAAUUUUUUUCCUUUCAGGGGUAAACUUUGCUUUUACCAAAUAGUGAUUGUAACAAAUUGAUUUGUUUUGGAUGUUGCUAUAGUGACAUGCAGUUCUAUUUUUUUGGGGGGGGGAGGGGACAAAAGAAACACCAGUGUUAGCUUACUAUUAAUGUCUGGUGUUUGUCAUGGUGAAAUUAUAACUAUUGCAGCGUAGGAGAACGCCGUGGACGCUCUCUGAAUGCGCCUCUGUGCUUUCUUGUCAUGUUAUGCAGUGAACUAUUUUUAAGGUCUAAUCAAGUGAUUUUCCCCCCCAACUCCGUGUUUCGCUAAGGAAUUAUUUUGCACACGGACCAUUCUUAGCAGUUUUCCUCAGUGAUGGAAUAUUCAUGAAUGUGAGUCAUUAUGUAGCCGUCGUACAUUGAGCAAAAUAAACUUACAGAUCUGAUGUCA